CGGUGGCGGCAGAAAAAGAGGGGACACCUGUGUUCAAAUUCCCACGGUGGCGGGUUAAGGGGAAACCCAUCCCAGAAGUGGUGGAUGCCUACAAGGCGGUGGGUGCUGAGCUCAAUGUCAUGCCCUUCUGCUCACAGUUCAUCCCCAUGAACGUCAUCGACCACCCAAAGCAUGGCUCCAUCAUCUACCACCCCUCCAUCCUGCCCCUGCACAGAGGAGCCUCAGCAAUCAAUUGGACUCUGAUCCAUGGAGAUAAGAAAGCCGGCUUCACAGUGUUCUGGGCUGAUGAUGGACUGGAUACCGGACCCAUCCUGCUGCAGAGCGAGUGUGAUGUCGAGCCCAAUGACACUGUGGACACACUGUACAACCGCUUCCUCUUCCCCGGGGGCAUCAAGGCUAUGGUGGAGUCUGUGCAGCUCAUUGCUGAUGGAAAAGCCCCUCGGACUCCUCAGCCAGAGGAAGGAGCGAGCUAUGAAGGCAUUCAGAAGAAAUCCAACGCCAAGGUGAAUCUGGCACAGCCAGCCGAGGCGAUCCACAACUGGAUCCGUGGCCACGACAAAGUCCCCGGUGCUUGGACGGUCAUUGAUGGCCAGUCUGUGACCCUUUAUGGCUCCUCCAUGUUGGGGGGGUCUGUACCUGAGGGCCAGCCGCUGGACAUCGAGGGGGCUUCUCAGGCUGCUCGUGUCACCAAAAACGGGCUCGUCCUGUAUGGAACUGACGGCAAAGCUCUCCUAGUGAAGAACCUGCAGUUUGAAGAUGGGAAAAUGAUUCCUGCUUCCAAAUAUUUCUCUUCCGGAGAAAGCGCCAGUGUGGAGCUGACCGAUGACGAGAAGACAAUGGCAGAGGAGAUCAGGAACAUCUGGAAGGGCAUCCUCAGCAACGUGCCAGCCAUUGAGGACACCACAGACUUCUUCAAGUCCGGCGCCGCCUCCAUGGAUGUGGUCAGACUGGUUGAGGAGGUGAAGCAGAAGUGUGCUGGCGUGCAGCUACAGAACGAGGAUGUGUACAUGGCCACCACAUUCCAGGACUUCAUCCAGAUGUUUGUCCGCAAGCUGCGAGGAGAGGACCAGGAGGAGGAGCUCGUCGUUGAUUAUGCAACCAAAGACGUAAACAACAUGACAGUGAAAAUGCCAUAUCAGUGUUUCAUCAACGGCAAGUUUGAGGAUUCAGAAAAUGGAAAGACCUAUGAUAGCAUCAGCCCUACUGAUGGAUCCGUGAUCUGUAAGGUGUCCUAUGCCUCAGUGGGUGAUGUGGACAGAGCUGUGGCUGCUGCCAAAGAAGCUUACGAAAAUGGGCCCUGGGGCAAGAUGAACCCCAGAGACAGAGGAAGUCUUCUUUACAGGCUUGCUGACCUGAUGGAGGAACAUCAGGAGGAGCUGGCCACCAUCGAGUCCAUCGACUCAGGAGCCGUGUACACGUUGGCCCUCAAGACACAUGUCGGCAUGUCCAUCCAAACCUUCCGUUACUUUGCUGGCUGGUGUGACAAGAUCCAGGGUAAGACGAUUCCCAUCAACCAAGCCCGGCCCAACCGCAACCUGACCUUCACUAAGAAAGAGCCUCUGGGUGUGUGUGCCAUAGUCAUCCCGUGGAACUACCCUCUCAUGAUGCUGGCGUGGAAGAGUGCAGCUUGCCUGGCAGCUGGAAACACGCUGGUUCUCAAACCUGCACAGGUCACUCCACUGACGGCACUAAAGUUUGCUGAGCUUUCAGUGAAGGCAGGCAUCCCAAAAGGAGUCAUCAAUAUUUUACCAGGCUCUGGUGGCGUGGUUGGACAGCGUCUGUCCGAGCACCCAGACAUCCGCAAGCUGGGCUUCACCGGCUCUACGCCUAUCGGCAAACAGAUCAUGAAGAGCUGUGCAGUCAGUAAUCUGAAGAAAGUUUCUCUGGAGCUCGGGGGGAAGUCCCCCCUCCUCAUCUUCAGUGACUGCGACAUGGAUAAGGCUGUUCGCAUGGGCAUGAGCUCGGUGUUUUUCAACAAGGGCGAGAACUGCAUCGCUGCCGGCCGUCUCUUUGUGGAGGAGUCCAUACACGACGAGUUCAUUGACCGAGUGGUGGAGGAGAUCAAGAAGAUGAAGAUCGGAGACCCCCUGGAUCGCUCCACAGACCACGGCCCACAGAACCACAAAGCCCACUUGGACAAGCUGCUGGAGUACUGUGAGAUCGGGGUGAAGGAGGGAGCCACACUGGUGUACGGAGGCACACGGGUCGACAGGCCAGGUUUCUUCAUGGAGCCCACCGUGUUCACUGAUGUGGAGGACCACAUGUUCCUCGCCAAAGAAGAGUCCUUUGGUCCCGUCAUGGUGGUGUCCAAAUUUAAGGACGGAGAUGUGGACGGCGUGCUGCAGAGAGCCAAUGACACGGAGUACGGUCUGGCUUCAGGCGUGUUCACGCGCGACAUUAACAAGGCCAUGUAUGUGAGCGAGCGGCUGGAGGCUGGAACCGUGUUUGUGAACACCUACAACAAGACUGAUGUUGCCACACCUUUUGGGGGUUUCAAGCAGUCAGGCUUUGGCAAAGACCUCGGUGAGGAUGCUCUCAUGGAAUAUCUCAAGACCAAAGCAGUGACAGUGGAAUACUGAGGCUCACAAUCUCCCAAUGAACUCUGAACAAGAACAGGAACUCAGUGUGUGUGUGUGUGUGUGCAAAUGGUUCAGAGCAUGUGUACUGUAUGAGUGAUGGGGGAAAGCUUGGUUGACCUUGAGGUGGACAACAUGCCUUCUUUGUUUUGCAGCCAUGUUUCCACAGCUGGUCCCUGAGGAGCCGAGCUGCUCCUGGCUGUACUUUUAAAGAUGUAAAAAUAAUUAGCACAGCAAAAAAUCUAAACACUAUCAGUUAUCUUCACUGAUUCGUCCAAACGUCAUGCUGCCUUCUUCAUCCCUUUAAGACCUUUUUAAAAUGUUUUUUACCUUUCUCUGGUUUUUCAUUCUUGGAUCACCUGAUCUGUGUACUGCCAUCAGGGUGCCGUGUGUGCUGGAUGCCUUUCGGCUCACGUUUACUCACCCACGAAUACUGCAGCUUUGUGUAGGCUGCAAACAAAAUAGCAAUAUUAAACAUCCACACUGGUCCGAAAAAUGGGGAUGUUUGAGUCUAGAAAGCAGCAUUAAAAUAGCUUUACAAAUUUUCAGGAAGCUUCCUGAUCAGCGGUGCUCAGCACACAGUUCUGGAACAAGGCUAGGAAAACAGAAGACACGUAAACCGUGUGAGAAGCAGGAUAAACUGAGGCCAGCGGUCAGGACAUCGCUGUUUGGACAGACGUCGAUCUCUUUGGCUGUAAAUGUAAACCUUUCUGUGUUUCUGAUCAGACCCAGAGAUCUUUGAUGAAUGUUAACGAUGAAAACAAUGUAUAAACUGAUUUUAAGCUUUCAGAUUUUAGUUAGAACAAACUACAUAAGAGCUCAGAGACUGGAGUGUGUAAUCCAGAGCAGUUAAGUCACGUUUUAAGUUCCUUUCAGCUUUUCCUCGUGUUUCGGGUCAUUUUCUUUGGUUCGCUGCGUCACAUCAAACAAUCCUGAUUUCCUGAAAUGGUUGCUUAGCAGCUGAAUUUAAAAUGUCAAAGAAUCAAUGUGAGAUAUUUCUAAGCUGUGAUGAACCGCCUCGAGCUGGGUGCUGCAUUAGAACUGAGCUAAGCCAGUAUUUAACGUCAGUGUUAGUUUAGCUGUUUACAUCACGCCCGUUCAGACAUCCUGACACAUCCACUCGGUGUCCAAACGUCACUUUCUGUGUAAAUACUUUUUUAAACAGGUUAAAAAGACUCUUUGAUACAUUUUGACCUUGUAUUUGUGAACUGCAGCAGGACUAUGUAGUGUUCUCUAUUCAUUAAAGUACACCAGCCAGAUGUUUUAUACAUCGAUCAUGUGACAAAGUCGUAAACUUAAUUUUCUAAUUAUGCCACAUUGUCAGUGAAGGCAGCGCGGGCUACGAUGCAAAUGUUUCUCAGUCUUUAUGAGAGCGAUCGUGUCAAUAAACAGUAAGGCUCCAGAAAGCUUGGUGUCCAUUUGACUUUGUAAUGCUGACGUUGAUUAAAGGCGCUGCGCAGCAA